GGCAUGGCAUUAGAGUCAAGAUGCAACCAGCCAACCACCCUAUACUAACUUCGAUCUUUAUAUAUACUACUCCGUACAAGACAUGGUAUUGCAUUACAGUCACGAUGCACUGAUCAUCACGUCCACUACGCCGCGAAGCCCCGGCCGUACGUCAUGGAGCAACCUGCGUACUACCUCUGCCUCUUAUCGGCUCUCAUCCUCCCUCUCCUGCUCCUGAAGCUGUUCAGGAAGCGCGGCGGCAGCGAUGGCCUGCGUCUGCCGCCCGGCCCGUGGCGGCUUCCAGUCAUCGGCAGCCUGCACCACCUGGCCAGCAGCCCGCUCGUGCACCGCGUCAUGGCCGACCUCGCGCGCCGGCUCGACGCGCCGCUCAUGUACCUCCAGCUCGGCGAGAUCCCCGUGGUGGUGGCCACGUCCCCGGAGGCCGCCCGCGAGAUCAUGCGGACGCACGACACCGUCUUUGCCACUCGGCCCUGGAGCGCCACCGUCAAGAUCAUGGCCGCCGAGGGGCAGGGCCUCAUCUUCGGCCGCUACGGCCCGCUCUGGCGCCAGCUCCGCAAGAUCUGCAUCCUGGAGCUGCUCAGCGCGCGCCGCGUGCAGUCGUUCCGCCACAUCAGGGAGGAGGAGGUGGGCCGCCUCGUGGCCUCCGUCGCGGCUUCGUCGUCGUCCGGCGAGACCGUGAACAUCAGCGAGCGCAUCUCCGUGCUCAUUACCGACUCGACCAUGCGGGCCAUGAUCGGGGACAGGUUCAAGAGAACGGCGGAGUUCAUGGAGACGCUCGAGAUCUCGGUCAAGCUCGUCUCCGGGUUCAACCUCGGUGAUCUGUUCCCGUCGUCGCGGCUCGCGAGCUUCAUCAGCGGCACGGCGAGGUUGGCCGACGAGAACCAUCGCAAAAGCUUCGAACUCAUGGACUACGCCAUCAAGCAGCACGAGGAGAGGAGGGACGGCGCCGCGGUCCAAGGAGAGGACCUCGUGGACGUGCUCCUAAGGAUACAGAAGGAGGGUGGCCUCGAGGUGCCUCUUACCAUGGGAGUUAUCAAAGCUGUUAUACUUGAUCUAUUUAACGCCGGGAGUGAGACAUCAGCGACCACGCUCCAAUGGGCUAUGUCGGAGCUCAUGAGGUACCCAAGUGUGAUGAAGAAAGCGCAAGCCGAAGUACGCACCAAUCUCCAAGGAAAGCCUAAGGUAACCGAGGAUGACUUGGCCAAUCUUAAGUACCUUAAACUCGUCAUCAAGGAAACAAUGAGGCUGCAUCCAGCCGGCCCAUUGCUUCUCCCAAGGGAGGCCAUGGAGACUUGCAAAAUCCUUGGGUACGAUGUACCCAAGGGGACCACGGUGUUGGUUAAUGCAUGGGCGAUCUGCAGAGACCCUAAACACUGGAAAGACCCCGAAGAGUUUAAGCCAGAGAGGUUUGAGUCUGGCAUGGUGGACUUCAAAGGAACAAACUUUGAGUACAUACCGUUCGGGUCAGGACGGAGGAUAUGCCCUGGAAUGGCAUUUGCAGAAGCCAGCAUGGAGAUCGUGCUUGCAUCACUUCUCUACCACUUCGACUGGGAGCUUCCAGGGGGGCAAACGCCGGAUGAGCUCGACAUGUCAGAAAAGAUGGGCCUCACCGUCCGGCGGAAGAACGGCCUAUACCUACAUGCCAGGGUUUGUAUGCCCUUGGUUUGAUUUGCACCUGUACGUGUUUAUUCAUAUGUGAUCAUGAAUUUUCAUGUACCAUUAAUUUGUCUUCAUGUGCAUUUCUUGAAUGCGAUCACAACAAAGACAUACUUAUUA